AUGAACUGUAAUAGUACUGCAUCUCACUCAUUCAAAUACGUCACAGGAGCCCAAAAUGCAUGGGAUAUGCUGUCUGAGGAGCAAUCACAGAAACACAUCACUACUGGCUCUGGUGACCUGAACGGCAUACUUGGUGGAGGGAUUCAUUGUAAAGAAGUUACUGAGAUAGGUGGGGUUCCAGGAAUUGGUAAAACUCAACUGGGGAUUCAGCUAGCAAUCAACGUCCAAAUUCCCGUGGACUAUGGUGGCCUUGGCGGCAAAGCAAUUUAUAUUGAUACAGAGGGCAGUUUCAUGGUUGAACGCGUCUAUCAAAUUGCUGAAGGGUGUAUCAGUGACAUAAUGGAGUAUUUUCCAUGCCACCAUGACAAGUCGUCAUCUGGCCAAGAAAAUCUGCAGCCCGAGAGUUUCCUGGCAGGAAUCUACUACUUCCGAAUAUGCAGCUACACUGAACAGAUUGCGGUGAUAAACUAUCUGGAGAAAUUCCUCGGAGAACAUAAAGAUGUGAGAAUAGUUAUUAUUGAUAGUGUUACUUUCCACUUCCGACAAGAUUUUGAUGAUCUGGCUCUGAGGACUAGAGUGCUCAGUGGAUUAUCAUUGAAGUUGAUGAAGCUUUCAAAGUCAUAUAACUUGGCGGUUGUCUUGUUGAACCAAGUAACUACUAAAUUUACAGAAGGAUCAUUUCAGUUAACUCUUGCUCUAGUGACUGCAAGUCGACAGCAUCUCCGAAGGGGUUGGAUGUUAGCUCGCAAAAUUUCUUUUCCAAGUAGAAUUGCUGACAGUGACAGCUGGUCCCACUCGUGCACAAAUCGACUGAUUCUGUACUGGAAAGGGAACGAGCGGUGUGCAUACCUGGACAAGUCCCCUUCACUUCCUGUAGCUUCAACACCGUAUGCAGUGACAAGCAAAGGGGUGAGAGACGCUGGCAGUUCAAGCUGCAAGCGAGUUAGGGUAAUGUAG